AUGGUGCUCCGGCUGUCCAUGCUCUUCCGGGCACUCUCGCUGCUCCCUCUCGCCCUCGCAGCUCAACCAGGAACCCAACCAGUCUACCUCUUAAACCAAGCUUCCACCGUUGAAACCUCGCCUAGGAAAUUCGGAACCCAUUUCGCCGUGCUAAACCUCGACCUUAUCGACGCGGUAGUCGCAAACGUAAACACCACGGACGAGGGAAAGAAAUGGAUCAAGAAUACCGCGAGCUGGAUUGACGCAGUUCACGAACAUAUCCCCCAACCGCUGAACAUCUUCACGCGCAUCUAUUUUUCCACAUCUCAGCGCCCCGAAGUUGGACCUGACACACCAUUCGCGUCUGUCGCGAAGGGACUUGGCAAUUUGACAGAGUCCAGCGCGAAGAGUCGUAUCUAUAAAGCCUUCAAGACGGAGGACGAUGAUGUGGUGGUGCCAAAAACGAGAUAUUAUGCCGGGGCUGGGAACUCGAUCGAGGAGAUUCUGAAUAGCCAGAAGAUAGAUACUGUGAUUUUGUCUGGUAUUCGAACAUCGGGAGUCAUACUCGCGACGGCGUUGAGGUUGUUUGAUUUGGACUAUAAUGUAUAUGUCAUUUCAAACAAUACCAUCGAGCCUGAUCCUUCCGGGGAGAAAAUCCAACAUUCCAUCCUCUACGACAUCUUCCCGAAGAUACCGGUCAAGGUUAUCACGAUUGAGGAGGCGCUUGCAGGGUUGAAGGCUUCAGGGUCGUCAGUUGCAUGA